GAGAAGAUUUACAACUUAGGGAGUUAGCUUGGCAAGUACAACAUUUUGCAAAAAGGAUAUUGGCAAAUCGACGCUCAGGUAUAUUAGAUGCUCGCUGUAGCCAUGAUAUACACAUUCCUACUGCGUGGCAAAUUCCUCCCAACCAAUGGGAAUAUCGUUGCCAUGAGUUUGCUAGGAUUGCUAACCGUCGCCAGCACUACUACCGUAAAACAUCCCAACAUUAAGUCUUGGUUUCCCCGAAAGAAUAUGUGGAUCUCACUAGCUCAAAAACUGAAUAGAACGGACUUUUGUGUGUCCUUAGCCCAGCCAGAAUCUCCUUUUCAUACCUGUCUUAUUGGAGUACCAUUGAAAGAAACAGAGUACAACAGCCUAGUCACCCCACAAACAAGGCAACAUUGUAAGAACAAUAUUACCUCUUGCCUUGAGGAAUAUGACUUAUGGGAUGAUAAACUGCCUUUUAGUGACAAGCCUGAUGAAUUAGAAAUACUAGGUUCACUACAUGCUGCUUCAUGCAUUUAUAUUAACUCCAGUAGGUAUGAGUGCAAUGAGGGCAAUGUUGCUUGGUGUAAAACAACACUCCCUACAGACGUUUCUCCACAACAGAAUGAUUGGAAAAAUCAAUCCUUUUGGUGUUACUCUAUCGCUCGAACCAAAACAAAUCCAGCUUCAGGCACAAUAAUUCCUCGCCGCUUGCCAGCUGGAAUCUUUUUAAUCUGUGGGGACAGAGCAUUCAGUGGUAUUCCUCAACGGCCCACUGGAGGUCCAUGUACGUUUGGACGUCUCACAAUAGCACUCCCUAGCCAAAGCACUCUGCUAGGCCUAUAUAGCAAUACCAGCCAGGUAAUCACCACACGACGAAAGCGCUCAACCAUUGAUGCUUCUUGUGAUGAUAAUGUCAACCUGUUUAAUCGCGCAAAGCAAGUGGUUGCCUCUAUCUUUGUACCUGGUGUUGCUGCAGGACAUGCUCUUUUUCAAUUAGAAAAAUUACAAUGCUGGGUUGGUAAGCAAGCUAAUGCCACGUCAGAGCUCUUGAGUUUAUUAGCUACAGACAUAGAUACUGUUAGGCACGCUACAUUACAAAAUCGAGCUGCUAUUGAUUUUUUGUUGUUAGCUCACGGACAUGGGUGUGAAGACUUUGAAGGAAUGUGCUGUAUGACCUUGAAUAAUAGUUCUGAGUCCAUUCACAAGAAGAUUCAGCAGUUACAAAAACAUGUUCAGGUCCUACAAAGAGAUGAUACAUUUUUUGGAUUGUCAUUUGAAUCAUGGGGUAUCACCGGUUGGCUUAAACAUCUUCUGCAACUUCUCAUAAUCGGACUGAUAGUUGUUUUGCUUUUAAUGCUCAUUUUACCAUGUGUGUUUCAAUGCUUACAAAAAUCAUUAAUAUCAGUUUUUGAGCGGAAAUGGAACACAGCUUUGCUUGCUGCUAAAGAAAACGGGGGAAGUGUCGAGGAUUUGGUUCAGGAAUGGUUAGCAGAAAAGGGACAUAGCAAGAUCAAUUUAUUGGAGCUGCAGACUCUGCAGAUUAGAGACCCUGCAGACUAAGCAGUAGCAGCUUACUUGAACAAAGGCAGUCUUCUGCUAAAACAAAGGCAGUCUUCUGUUAGAACAAAGACAGCUUCAAAAGCAGGGUACCCUUGAGAUAAGGAAGCCUGGAUGAAACUGGUAUGAAACUGGUAACGGCACGUAGAAGCAGGGACUUUGCAUUACACGAUACCCACAAAAAUGUAGAAGUAGAUACAUAAAAUCCUGUUGAUGUAAGAAUGAUACAGCAAUAAUAAACCAAUAAGGAGCUUGGCUUUUGCAAUAUGUAUGAACUAAUUAAGAACUGUAUUUAAGCAGCUGAUGUAUACCAAAUAAACUGAGUUUGCAGAUGA